AUGCCAAAAGUCGCUAUUAUCAUCUACACUCUAUACGGACACACCAGAGCCUUGGCCGAAGCGCAAAAAAGGGGUGUCGAAGCUGCCGGUGGUGAAGCUGACAUCUACCAAGUGCCAGAGACCUUGAGUGAGGACAUUCUAAAAGCCCUAAGAGCUCAACCAAAGCCUGACUACCCAAUUGCUACUUUGCAGACCUUGGAAGACUACGACGCCUUCUUGUUUGGUAUACCCACAAGAUAUGGUAACUUCCCUGCGCAAUGGAAGGCUUUCUGGGACGCUACUGGUGGUUUGUGGGCCAAGGGUGCAUUGCACGGCAAAGUUGCAGGUGUUUUCGUGUCUACCGGUACCGGUGGUGGUAACGAAGUGACUGCCGUCAACUCCUUGUCAGUCUUGGCGCACCACGGUAUCAUCUACGUCCCUCUAGGUUACAAGAACGCGUUCGCUGAGCUCAGUAACGUGGAAGAAGUCCACGGUGGCUCUCCAUGGGGUGCCGGGUGCAUUGCAGGUGCCGACGGUACCAGAGUUCCUUCCGAGUUGGAACUAAGAGUUAACGAAAUUCAAGGUCAAACUUUCUUCGAGACCGUUCAAAAGUUUUAG